UCCGGGUUUAGAUCAUAUCGUUUGUUGUGAGUUGGCAGUCGUAUCAACAAAAGAAAAUGAGGAAAAUGCAGUGGAACUUGCCUAUACCGAAUGAUCUUGAGACCUCAGCAUUUAUCUGCUUUGAAGACAGAUCUGGAACAUCCAGAGUUAUUCGACAUAUCCAGGACUGAACGGUGCAACUUCACUAGCUACCCUCACGAUGUUCAAAAUUGAAUCCUAUAUCACACCUCUGUUGAUGGGCUAUGUCAACAAGUAUGUUGAACUACGCCAAGAAGAUUUCCAACUUAGUCUAUGGGGAGGCGAUGCCGUUUUAAAUAACCUUGACCUUCGGCUUCAUGUCAUCGAAAAGGCGAUCCAGUUGCCCAUAGUGUUUAAGAGUGGCCACAUACACGAGCUACGCAUCCACGUUCCAUGGACCAAGCUUGGAUCUGAGCCUGUCGUGAUCACGAUAAACACGAUUGAGUGUAUUCUGAAGGUUCGAGACACCGCGUACGACGAUGGGGCCAGUUCUGUAUCUGGUGAUUCUGGGAAGAAGAUCGCACAACAGAUCAAAGCCAAGGUGAAGCCGAAACGGCCCGAAGACUACGACCUCCCUCCCGGCUAUCUCCAGAGCUUGAUGAACCGAGUGCUAAAUAACGUUUCCGUGAUUAUCAACAACCUUAUUCUGAAGUUUGUUGAAGACGACAUUGUUCUGUCUCUGAAUGUGAAGUCGGCCGAAUGCUACAGUGUCGACAUUGGGUGGAACCGUGCGUUCGUGGAUCUCGUCCCUCCAGAACUUGUCUUGAGAAAAGUCAUCAACAUCUGUGAUCUGACUGUUUGCCUGGAUAAGACAAACUCCAGCGGGAAGAUUGAAAGCUAUCAAGAACCGCUACUCUAUCGUUGUUCCGUAUCUUGUCGGUUACACAUGGCCUACGAUGGCGUGAAUGCCAAGACGCCAAAGGCGACGCGAUUUAAUCUCGCUUGUGAUCAGUUGGAGUUGUCCUUGUCUGACUGUCAACUGCCGAUGUUUUUAAGACUUAUCGAGCUGUGUAUUGCACUGUAUUAUGGGACACGCCAGUUUCACGAGGAUGAAACUAAAGAGCCGGAUAGACAGGAAGUGGACAGAGUUAGUGUUGGUGACAUCGACCAAGCUGAGGGUGAAGACGAGGAUGAAGAUGAGGGCUGGGCCUCCUGGGCGUGGUCAUACGUUCCACAGAUUUUACCGUCUGAAGAAGACUUGGCUGGCGAGGAUCGCCCUCGCACAAAGCCACUGCCUCCUGUCGUAUCAAUUGGUUUCUACAUCCACAAGGCAUCCGUUAUGUUCAAGCUCACAGAAAAGAUGAAACCCGCUCAGCUUGCUUCCCAGCGAGUGGCGUUCCAGCCAUUCCUGUUUCUCGAGUCCGAGGGUCUGACGGCAGAAAUACUCGUUCAUGGGCUCGGUUUCUUUGACGCUCAGUGUGGGAUUACCAUCCUGCGCAUCCUGACAGCGGGAAACUGUAUAUGUGGAAUCGCCGAUAUGACAGAUCCACGGAGUCAAGUCCUGCUGCAUGCUGGGGAACCUCUUGAGAACAAGACACAGAUGAACUUCCUGUCUCAGUCCCUGUUUGACCCUAAUUCCCCGGAAAACCUCGGUGAUGUGAGGGAAUUUCCGCUCGAUGAAGAGCGCCACCUGGCAACUUACACAGAACAGUAUGGCCUCCAGCGUUACGGUGCCUUUUGGAUGGACUACAACUACGUAAUGCAGAUCCCAGAGAAAACACACUCCGGGAGUAAAUCUUCGACCACCGGUGACCAUUCGGAAAUGAUGUUUUUCCGUGAAAAUGCCACGAUCCGAUUCCUUAUUGGCCAAUGUCGCUUGAAUGUCACGUCAGCCUUUGUCCAUCGUGUGCAGAAAGUCAUUCAUUGUGCCUGGGACCACCAGUACCAACCAUAUGGCAGCUUCAAAACAUUCCCGGACGAGAGCGAGAGAUCUCAGCUGAGUGAGGAGGAGAUUCAGAGUCUGGAGGAAUUCAUCCCCACACACACGUAUCAGCUGACCCUAAUCGAGCCAAUCGUAACCAUCCAUGCGGCCGAGCAUGCUCGGUGUGACAUAAAGAAGAAAAACUACAAAGCAUCAAAAAAGAAAAGUGAUUCUAAGUCUGGUGCGGAAAAGCAAAGUGGUCACGUUCUGCCUGCGACUCAGAUCUGUGUGUCACGGUGUGAACUACAGGUCAUUUCUCCCAUGUAUCCCGCCAGGGUGGUACGACUGGUGAGCAACAUCGCCGGUCCGUCAAGCAACCUCCUCUACUACUGUAACUCACACACGCAGAUAAAGAUAUUUGGCUUCCACGCUGGCUUGUUGAGAGUUGAGCCCAGUGCUACACAUUCCCACCUCCUGACGGUGGUCCCUCCAUCCAGUGGGGUGGUGCUUCUCAACAAACUUCUCUUCCCGAAAUUCUGGAAAAACUCGUAUCUGCCUUUGACAGACCAAAUGUUUGAAAUUUCCCAACUGUCUGUAAACAUGUCGAAGGCAAGCAUUCUUUUGACUGUGAGAAUCAUAUCGUCAUGGCUACAGGAGACACCCCGUCCAUCUUGCUUUAGUGAGGAUAGUCUGUUGCAGGACCUCUUUCCAGAAACAGAUCACAAUGUAAUUCCGGUGCCGAAGACGCGACAGAUGCCGAUGUUGGAGGUCGUGGUUGGUGGUGUACAGCUGAAGACAUGCUCCACGCCUGUUGUUACCGCCUACACAGGAAACUUGGCAUCGCUCCAAGUGAUGUUUUAUGCAAAAGACCUGGUUCAGCCUCUGAUGUCUGGUCCGUCCGAUACGUCACUGCUGCACACACCAGGCUAUUUCAAACACAAGUUACCUCGUACUGAUGUCACGACUGAUCUCUUUUCCUUCACUCUGCAGCUGCCGAAAAACACCAGUAUGUUGGAGGCUCCUGCCUUGAUACUGCUUAACAUGGAAGGUUUGGUAAUCAACCUUGACCCUUUAGUCAUAGACUGGUUUUCCUACGAGUCUCACCUUCAGCCUAGUGCCACAAAGCGGGAGGAGAGGUCAGUCACAGUUGACCUUGCCCUUGCUCAAGCAGCCUCACCUUUACAAGGAAAUAUUUCUCAAAUUUCAGUACAUUCCAGCAGCUCUUUAACCAACCCGACUGGAUCGCGGCCUCUAGAACAGUCACACACACAAACUCCCUCCCAAGUUGUCUCCCCUAGAGAACUCGACGCUGAGGCUUCAGAACUAACAACAGCAGAUGGAUUCGGAAGAAAAAUGGCCGUCUGGUUUCCAUUACUGCGGAUGUUGCAUGUUCAGGUGAAUGUGAAGAACUGCUGUGUGUUUCUGCCAGAAACCACACCCUGUGUCACUGAACCGACGAUGGACAUUCCCGCAGAUUUCUCUGCCACGUUCCAAGAUGGCUGCUGCCCAAACACUCUAGUCAUAUGUCUGCCAUCAUUCAGUAUACACAGUUCGGGGCUCAAGGUCGUGCCCUUGGUGCAAGACAUUCCAAUAACAGCGAUUGGCGAAUCCCUUGUUGGAGACAAGCUACCAUGGACCUUCAAGCUGCACAACCUUGCAGUGUAUACCGUCCAUUUGUCCGGUCACUGCUGGUCAGUGUGUAAGCCGCUGGAUAUUACGUCCACCCUGGGGGUCACCUGCAAGUACAACCCCCCAACCUCGGACAACAUCACAUCGCUCGGGCUGUGUCUGCAUGUGGACACUCAGCAACCAACGAUAGCAAUUUCCAAACAACAGUUUCAACUUUGCUCAGCACUGAUAACCCAUCUGACCGGUGCCGUGACUCGAACUCGUGCUCUGAUCUCGCACGUUGAUAAAACACUCCAGCUGAGCAAAUCAUCACCCAGUGAUUCGCAGCCAUCGAUGGGCUCUCCCGUGAGGAAGACAGAAACAGUCGCUUCGUGUGACAACGACGUACUGACGACAGAAGUGUCGGAGGAAACGUCGCGAGAGGAGACCCCCGUCCCUGAAUGCAGCGACAGUCCUGCAGUACACAGCAUCAAACUGUCACUGUGGACGCAGCUCCUCAUGCCAAAGAUAGAAGUGAAGUUUUACGGACAUGACAGCAUAUCGUCCAAAAAAAGCUGUAUCGUGAUUGCUGCAGAAAAUAUUGCUCUGUCGGUUGACAUUCAGACUGUCUAUUCCAAGAUCAAGACCAGCAUUGAAUUGUUCAGCAUCAAACAUUUCACGAAAAGUGACGAGGUGUCGGAUUGGUCCAAUGGGCCGUGUGAAGGAAUCAUCCUUUCAUGUCACGGCGACCUUUCCCGAGAUCUACACAUCAUUUCAAACAAAGUCUGGUCGGCGGACACCCAGCCAGUUAUCUCCCUUUACCCAUCUCAGGACCCACAGCGAGAUUCAAACAACGGCUUCCUGUCAUUCACGUUCACUAAAGCUCUGUGUAAGAACGUCAAGAAACGGCUUCACAAACUCAACAUCGACCUCACUGAUUUGAGCGAGAUUGAGUCUGAGGCGAACUUCAACGAUUUGUAUGCUCACCAGUACAUGUCUGAAGUCUGUCUGCGCAUCAACCCGUUCGACUUCGUCUUCUACGCUCCCAUGUUCGAAACUCUCAUCGAUAUUUUCGAUUUUGUGCCGGCAGUCGUCAAAGGUUCAACUCUGCCGCAUCGAUCCACUCAGAACUUGUCUUACAAGUCGUCACAGAGGAAGAGAAAGCCACUGACGCCUCUGUUUGCUGCCCAUGCCUUGCCCUUGCUGUAUGCAACAUUUGGAUGUAUCCGGAUAUUUUUACCUGAAUCGGGACCAUCCACAGUGACUGGUGAAGCAGUAAGAAGUAACAAGGAGACCGAUACUGAGAGAGCAGUAAGAAGUAACAAGGAGACUGAUACUGAGAAAGUAACAGCGGAGGAAGUUGUGGGUGACAGUGUCCAGACCACGUUGGAUCACGACAUGAUUGUGAUGCAGUUCCACUCCGUGCUUAUUCAGCCUCACGCGGACAAUCCGUUGCCACGGUACCCGGUUGAGAAGGAGCUGUACCACCGCGCGCUGGUCUGUGGUAUGACUCACCAGCCCGGCUCGUCCGUGGAGGAUCGCCAGUAUCAGCUGGAUAUCCGAGGAUUUUCUAUGUCAUCAGGAAACUGGUCGAAUCUUUUGGCUGAGUCGAAGAGACUAGGAAAAGAGAAAGCUGCUGCAACGUCGGGUGUUCAGAUACCAGCACUGGAGUGGAACACCGUGUUCAGUUUGAGAGAGGAGGACCAUGAAGAGAUCCAGCUCAUACCGGUUGUGUCUGGUUGUGACCUGUGUGUUAUCAUGGCACCUGCGAUAGUGUACGUGAAGAGAGGACAGCUGGAUGUCGUCAGUGAGGAUGUUCUUGUCUGUGGAUACUCCAUGGAGAUGAAUGUUACCAGUGACCUUGACCUUUAUAUCAGCACCAAUCAAAUUCACCUCGCCGAGAGGCUAGUGAAGAAAUGUAUUUCCUCUCUGACAAAGUCACAGCCAGGCUCAUCAGGAUUUGUCCCUCAUAGUCUAAGUUCAGUCGACCCCACCAGUGUGGACAGUGGUGUUGGAAGUGACACUUCGUCAUACACUAUUGACAGACAUGCCAAGAGUAGUCUACCAUCUCUUACUGAGUCCAUGGCUUUCUCGGAUAGUGAUGUCAGGUCAGAGGUCAUGCCCUUUGACAUCUUAUUGACAGCUGGAAGAAUAUCCUUUACCGUGUAUUCUCAUAAAGAAUGCCAGCAAUGCGUUCACAAGGAAACUAAAAAAAGGGAAAAGACUAAGAGCAGAAAGAAAAAACGACCGAAAACACACAUGGAUGUCAAGGAAGACAACUUUUCUUGUCUUGUGGGUUCGCGUGUUCAGCCGUUAGUUUCUGAAGCCGAUUCUGAGAUGGAUGAGUAUGACACGUGUACCGAUUUUAGUUUUCUCAACAUUCGAGUUGAUGAGGACCCUGCAGUUCAGACUCAGCCUGUGGGGAAUAUUUGCAUCAAGCCCUUCUUGUACGUGUACGUCACCCAGCCGCACACCAUUUUGUCUUUUCACUCUGACAGCCAGCGCUUCGAGAUGAGCUGCUACGACAUCAUUGUUAAAGGACUGAAUGAAACGCAAAAUAUUACAGUUGAGAAACACCGAGUGUUGCCCGACUGUGCUGAUUUCACGAGUUACUGGAUUGAGACUCGGGCCGGACAGCCACAUUCAAAGACUGGAAUACCACCAUGUCUGUACACUCUGCGGAUAACUGACUUCCUGUACAACCCAGCGAAUGUUGAGUUGAAAAUUGAACGUCCUGUCAUGUUAAACCUCAGUCUGAGCAAAGUGGAGCAGAUAAAGGAAUUCAUGCAGGAUCUGACACACAGCAAAGAGAGCACGGAGAAAUCACACGAACCAACCAAGUGGUCAACGCAGAAUAAAACACCUCAUUCCCAACCAGGUUUUCUAUCAAAGUUGGAGAGAAUAGAACUGCUCACUGAGCAGGUGGUGGUUUCCAUGGAAACGGGUAGCACCGAAGAAGAGUCAGUUGGGCUGAUUGGUUUUAUGACGUCAGUGAGGGUGCAGGCCGAGUUCCAGCAACCUGAACAAUGCAAAACGAGUUUGGUUUCGAGUCAGAUUCGCGUCAAAGACGCCGUCUUGAAGACAAUGUACAACAAACACACUCGUCUCUUCCUCGGACCGACAACUUUGGCUUUGGAGCUGCUCGUCAGAUGGUCCGAUCACAGUGAACACAGCAGUUCUCCGAGGAUUGUGGCCAUCUUGGAAACGACCAUGCUGCCUGUGAGUGUUGGUCAAGAACACGUGCUGUGCGUACAGAAGAUGGUCGACCACUGCAGGACGUUCGCGGCCAGUUUUACACCACCUCAGUCUGACACUGGCAAGACGGGUUCUUGUUCUGUGGUUCCUGAUGAGAAAUUUGUCUUUGUUCAAAACUCCAGCCAUGAUGAUUUGAGGAAUGGAGGUUUCGAGUAUGUUGUGGACCAUGAUACAUCACUGCACUGUGAGCCGGGUGAGAUUGUGUUCAACUCGCGUCGUGAGGCGGGCGGCUACGGCCACACGAUGACGUGGUGCUACAGGGAGCCGCGCAUCCUCACACAGGUCAACAUCAUCCCUGUGCCAUUCGCGUUCAUCGACACGCCAGGCAGACCGGAAGCGAUUCCCUGUAUGCUGCAGUACUGGGACAGUUCUCAGCAGCAGUUUAUUGACUACAUUGAGUUUUCUCUGUCAGAGAAUGACCCCACCACCAUGGAACUGCCAGAGGUGAAGGUCAGCAACUGUAACGACCUCAUGGUGGCCCAGACUUGGCGCGUCGCCAUCUACAGCUACGAGGUCAUCCAGGAGGAGCUUACUGACAAUGCAGAAGAGUCAGAGGAGGAUGAUGAAUACAAUGAGAAGUUUGUCGCUCCAGUGUCUCUAGCCGCCUGCAUGCAUGUUGACUCCUGUUUCGUGCCCUGUCUAGUGCCAGUCGUCCAGGCCAGCGUUUCCAUAGCAACCAUACAGCUAAACAUCAGCAACCAUCUUAACUACCUAGGCAAAGGAACACCAAGUAAGCUGUAUCCGUUCUACUUCCACCAAUCGCAGCCCGACAACCAGCAGUUUGCCACAGUGACCAUCGACUGUUUGAAUCUGACUGCAUCUCACCUCGCUGGAAAUCUCAGUCGAUCAGUUUUAAAGGGAUUUGGAUCAGUAAAGGUGGAAAUGAUUGAAUAUCGUAAUUUAACAAUGGAGACCAUCCUCGACACUGUUGCCAUGGAAGCUAGCAUUAGUGCUCUUCAUGUAGAAAAGCCUCCAAUGAUUGACAUUGACGUAAACACUGGUCCAGCGGUGGUAUACUUAGGAAGAAGUACAAUUCACACAGUCAGCUGUGCAACACAAGCUUGGGCGUCGCUUGGGGAGGAAGAUUUGUCUCAAAAGUCACAAGUGAUUUUCAACUGCUUUGUUAUCUGCAACGACACACAGCAAACCAUUCGAUUCGGUCAGUCGGGUACAGACGAGAACCUGGCUCUACACUCAAGAGAAAUGCAUGCUUAUAGCUGGAGAUCUCACAAGACCAAACGGUUGAUUCACCUGUGCCUGGACUCCCCGAGCUGGAAGUGGUGUGAGCCGUUCUCUAUUGAUAGAGAAGACAGCGUCGUGCGAACCGUCCGAGCCAAAGAUCAGCACUACACGCUCAUCAUCCGCGUCCGGAGUCUGUCCAACAUACAGAAACAGGUUAUCAUCAGUGGUCAGUUAAUCAUUUCAAACUGUCUGUCUCAACAUGUUGAGAUUAAACUGAAGAGAACAAGUUUGCCUCACACUCAUAAAGAGUUCUCAAGGGAGGACAACUCUAGUGACUGUACGGUGGUGGGUGCGGGCCAGACGAUUCCGUCGUACAUUGUUGAGCCGGAUGAUAUGAGUGGGUUGAUGGUCCGCGUAAUGGGGAUGCAUAUGCCGUGGUCACAGGAAGUGUUUGUCUUCGGGGACAAGAUGAAGGAAAACAGACUUCUCAAGAUUCCACUCCCUGAGAAGUCGACAUAUUUUCACAUUUGGUGUCAGGUGUUCUGUGAAUGUUUCAGUGGAGCAUCACAAGUUCUGGUUGUUCUCUCCCCGCAGUAUGUCCUGCGAACACACCUUCCGCACUCCCUAUAUGUGAACAUGAACACACCCAAGCUGCAGUCAGUCCAGGAACUGGAGGUUCCGGGGCGGGGCAAGGAGUACCAGAUCCACUGUGUCGGAGGGGACCUCACACAUAACCUGUCUUUCAGACUAGCACGAGGAUUACCCCAAUCAAGUCCUCCCAUCAUGCUGUUCAGUGGGCUGAUAGAUCAGAUUGAGAGGACGAAGCUUGAGAAGGCGGACAUCUUGGAAAUGUGUUACAAACAGCAGGACAACCUCGCACUGUCCUGGCCGUACUCACUCCAGAACUCUGAUGACAGCGAACUGGAGAGCUUGGUUCAUUCACCGGUAACCAAGACAACGUGUUCAAAUGAUGAUCCAGACCUGUCACAACCAAGUAUUGAUCUGAAUGUUCGGCUGACGGAGUACAAGCCAGGUAGCAGCACACUAUUGGUGGACAUUUGUCCCUGGUGCCUCGUAACCAAUCAGAGUGGCAUUGACUUGGUCAUCAUGACAACCGACAAGAAGCAGUAUGACAUCCCACAUGGCAAGACGCAGGCUCCACCUCGUUUUAGUGAUGAUGUGUUUUACAUUGGUUACCAUGACGAUGGUACAUUACUGUUGUCGACCCCUGUGCCUCUGUCUGAUGAUGAGGUGGCCUCAAAGAGAUACAACAGCGACAUCGGCCGCGUGCUGUUUGUCGACGGCUAUGUUCACACCAUCAUUCAGUUCUCAGAGAACAAAGCCAAGGCCAUUUUCCUGACUGUGUGUUCAGAAAUUCAGCAUGGUCUGCGAGUGAUCACACUCCGAGAACGAUUUGCCGUCACGAAUCUCACCUCAUCUCACUUUGAAGCUAGACUAUUAGGUGUGCCAAUUGGCAGCCAGAAGAUCACCAUGGCAACACAGUUCGCAGACGAAGACUGUAAACCCGAAGAAAUUCCGUCUCACAAACAUAUCUCCAAGAUGGAGGAGAACGUUAAACCUCUGUUGUUCUGGAAAGUAGUAGUACCUGUUGCUAAGCAACCACAGACAGAAGACGAGCACAGCAAUACGUUUGUUUACCAUCUGUGUUUGAAGUAUAAAAACAGUACCCAUGAUGCACCAGUAGAUGGGACACCAGAGCAUCUGUUGUGGUCUCUACCGCUGAGACUGUCUGCUAACAAGGAGGGAAUACGGUCGACUCUUUCUGUGCCUGAUGUUAGUGGAGGUCAGGUCCAUGGGCAGCCAUAUUGCAUCACAAGCAGUAAUGACAACGGAGUUACCUACCUUGUCAUUUCCAAAGACAUGGCGCCGCAGUGUUUGCUGCAUAAUAAGUGUAACUUUCCAGUUCUGUUUGGACAAGCGCUCAUGAAUAUUUCAUUGUCAGGCACUGUGGUACAGGAGGAAGCGGAACUAGUAGCUGAACUGCCGACACUUUCACCUGGUGGAUCCUGUCCUUAUACCAUGCCGUUCUUCAACAGCCGUUUUCCAGCAAUAGACAGUGGCACAUUUCCCAGAAUGCACUUCUGCACUCUCGUCGAGAAGGAAGGUUUAAUAACAAAGUCAGUAUGGAGUAGUGGUGUCGACAUCACGUCCACCAAUGACACGUUCGUGAAACUGCCAAAUGUUGUUGACAUCAAGGUGUCCGUCAAAAAGGUUGCCAUGGUGAUGCAUGUGACUGUUACACCCAUAGGCAAGGCCGAAGUGUCGGCGCGUGAAAUCCGCAGUCGAAUCGAAGGAGCUGAGACGAAAAUAAUGCCAGUCACGAAAACUGUCGACACGUCACCAUUGGUUACCGAGGAGAUGGAGACGGUUUGUUUAUCUUCGGUUAGAGAGUCGGAAGAUUUAAAGCCGUACACAUCGUCGUGUGUUGUGUCGGCUGGUGUGUACAUCAAACAGCUAUGUUUGGUUCUGUUAAACGAAUCGGACAGCCAGGAGACGACCUCGGAACUUCUACGAUUUACGUCCGACCAGGUUUUCGUGUCUCUGUUUCCCGUCUCCUCGUCGACGCCCGAGGAAAACGCCAAAUCCAGUGUCGGGCUGAGUGUGGGAUAUAUCCAGAUUGAUAACCAGCUGUACGGGCAGGGCCAGUUCGACUUCCCCGUGUUGCUCAAGCAGCAGGCGGAACCGGGUCAGUCUGGGUGUGGUGACGUCAACUUAGAGGAGCUGUCGGUGGCGGAACGACACGCGGUUUUCAGACUGUCGAGUUUCCUACACGCUCAGAUUGUUUUGGGCUUCAGCGAUUCAACCUUGACGGAAUCCUUCGACAUUUCCAUGAAGCCUCUCUCAGUGUACCUGGAUGACUGUUUCCUCUACAGGCUGCUGAAAGAGAUGAAAACUUGCAUUCCAAUCAAGCUGUGUUGUGAUUCAAAUCGCCCAAUCAAAAUCAAGCAGCUGCCUCUACCAAUAAGAGUGACAGCCCUGUCUCUGUGCCAGCCAAUGAGAAUUCAGCACUUUUGUAUUCAGCCAGUCAGCAUGCUGCUUAGUGUCCACGCCUCUGUGAAGAUGUUCCUAGCCUCCGAUCGCACUCCUCUCUCGUUUGCCAAGUUUGAGUGUCGUAAUCUCUGCUCGACCUAUCACCAGCUGGGGCACGCUUUGGCUAUGCAUUACAUUUCAGGUGCAAUAUUCCGAGCAGGAAUUGUCGUUGGUUCCCUGGAGAUUCUUGGCAAUCCGACCGGAUUAAUCCGGUCAAUUGGAACCGGAGUCGCAGAUAUGUUUCGGCUACCCUAUGCCGGUCUGACCCGUGGGCCGGGUGCAUUUAUAAGUGGUAUUUCACAUGGAAUGGGAUCGUUGUUUAAGCACAUUUCAGCAGGUACCUUAACGUCGGUGACUAACUUUGCGUCGAGUGUGUCGCGGAACAUGGACCGGCUAUCGCUAGAUCAGGAUCACCUGGAGCGACAGGAGGAGAACCGGCGAAACCGACCGGUGGGGGUGUCUGAUGGGCUCAAGCAGGGCCUUACAGGCUUUGGACUCAGUCUAUUGGGAGCUGUGGCUGGCUUGGCAGAUCAACCAAUCAAGAAUGUCAUAUCAAAUCAAACUCAGACUGAACGUCCCACUUCGAGGUCUUCGGCAGCCACUGGAAUUGUCACUGGCAUGGGGAAAGGUCUGGUUGGCAUGGUAAUGAAACCUAUUGGCGGUGCAGCGGAAUUUGUGUCCCAGACUGGACAAGGAAUUCUUCAUGGCACCGGUCUUGGAAUGCUGCCUCAGCGACGACAGCUGCCGCUCUGUCAGUCUCACAGUGACAACACAAACUCGGUCCUAAAAUUUUCACUGAAAAUGCUCAACUCGUUGCCUGCAACAGAACUUGUGCUGGCUGUAGAGGCCACUCAGCUUGACCUUGUGGGUGAGAAUGUCAAGGUCGUCUUGUUGCUGACCUCGGAGAUCCUGUUUGUCGUCAACUGUGAGGACGAUGCCCAACAACAGGUGUUUGCCAUUCAGGAACUGGAGGUCACAGGUCACCCUGAUAAUAACAGUCUGAUCUCAGUCACUUGGCCAGAUCAUGCACAGGCAAAAGUCAAAGAGAAAGAAACGUCUAGCAAAGACCGAAUUGCUGCCUUCAUCGACUCCACCACCUCACUUGCUCAGCCAACCAGCAAAGACAAUCCUGUCUCUGACAGCCAAUCAGAAUCAUCGCCUGGUGAUGUCACUCAAAUAACAGUUCCCCAAUACGAGUUUACUGUGAAUCACAAUGUCAGAAAUGUGUUUAUAUCCAUGUUUAAUUUUGCUAAAAAUAGACUGGCAGGAAGAGGAUUUCCCGUAUAGUUUGGCUGGCAGUGGACUAGAAAUACAUACAGUGUUUGUUUUUUUCAUUGUAAUGUGAUCUACAUUAAGGCUUCCACGAGUCAAAAAUAUUGGACUCGAGUACUUGAGGGUCAAACUCGACCCGGACCCGAAUACCCGAUGAUAUUUUAUGUUAUCUCUUAUAACAUAAGUAAAUAAACUUGUUAAAUUAAACAAGAUUAACGACGCUGACAAGGAUCAUCCAUUUUAUUCAAACGCUGGGUAUAUACUAAGACCCAGAACGAGGCUUCCUGCAUACAUACGUCACACAUGACACGUGAAGCAGUACAUAUAAUUAAAGGUGCAUUAUACCAAUGUUAUUUCUACAUAACAUAACAAAUGAGACUAAGGAAUAAAGUAUAAUAGCAUUAUGUAUCUUAAUUCCAGCGUUGAAAAUGGAUGCCAAAUCAUGUCAUUGUAUUGCAUUCUACACAUUCAACCUUUGUUUUCCAUCCAUGUAUCACAGCCCUAUAAUGUAACCGGAUGCAAGCAUAUGACAAAAUGAGGUUAAAAAUAGAAUUAAAUCAAAAGUACUCUUCCAUGUACAGGUACUCGAGUCCUGUGAACAGACUCUAGUCUUGCUAGACUCGGCUCGUGCCCGAGUACUCGAGUACUCUCAUAGAGACCCAAAUGUACAUAGCAGUUAAAAUCUCCACUGUUAACAAUGAGUUAUUAAUGGAGGUGGUCCAUGGAAAGGGACUUGGGGACUUGUCUUCCUAAAAAUAUUCUAGUGUCCCUUUUUUUUCUUCUUUUCUUUUUUUUCAUUGGGAUGACCUUUUUACAAAUGAAUGAAUGUUUAACGACACCCCAGCACGAAAAAUACAUUGGCUGUUGGGUGUCAAACUAUGGUAAUGUCAAGACCUUUUUACAAGUUGGUUCAUGCAAUUGUUUUCUGUUAGUCCCACCCUGCAAAAUAUUUCCUGGAUCUGCCCCUAUUUAACAACUCAGUCUGUUAUGCUAUGUAUGAAAACAAGACACCAAUACGGGCAACGGGCAACUCUAUCAACGUGCCCCUAUCCACAAGGGUUCAGGCACGCACGCCCCGGAUCUAGCCUCUGACUUCGCCAGUGACCACCUCCGGGGCGGGUGAGACACCAAUACCAUGUUGUAUAAAUUGAAAUCAUUACAUAACCUUUGCCAUUUUAUUACUUUUUCAUAGGGGCUUGUAGCAAUACAGUAUUUCAACAAUUUGUUUAACACCACUAGAGCACAUUGAUUUAUUAAUCAUCGGCUAUUAGAUGUCAAACAUAUGGUCACAGAGAGGAAACCCGCUACAUGUUUCCAUUAGAAGCAAAGGAUCUUUUAUAUGCACCAUCCCACAGACAAAAUAGCACAUACCACGGCCUUUGAUAUACCAGUCGUGGUGCACUGGCUUUCAACAAAUAAAUACAUUUAUAAUUAUAUAUAACCUCUUGUAUAUAGACAGAUAUAGCGGUCGCCACAUGCCCCUGAGGUUUCAGCUAUGUGAAUUGUCUAGUAAUAUAGUUGUUGGAGGUUCAGUGGCUGUUUCAGAAAAUCCAUUUUUAGGGAGGAUUUUAAAAUAUAAGUGUCACAAAAUUUAGGAAGGGGUGCCGGGCCUCUGGUGUCCCCCCUUAGAUCCACCACUGAGGUUAGUGAAAGAGAAGUCAGUGUAGUGGUCUAACAUCUCCCCGGCUCACUCUGCCUUGGUUCUACUUCUAGCACCAGGAUUAGAACCAAGACCAACACGGCUUAAAUCCAAUGGCUUAAACAUUCCAGUGGCAGAUCCAGAAAAUCCAUUGGGGGGGGGGAAUGACAUGUGGGCAAAGGCCACAAACAUUCUUGAAGUCAUUCCUCAGAUUCUCCAACAUUAAAAAAAAAAAAAAAAAAAAAAAAAAAAAAAA